AAACUCCCCAUCACCCUCUGUCAUUCAGACAACAAAAACUAACCUCAAGGUCACACAUAUUAUUAUUACAUACAACUCUUUUCCUAGUAUUACAAUCCAAGAAAACAGCCAUGAAUCUUUGUUCGAAACACAUAAAAUUCUACCAUGUUCUCGGCAUCUUCUCCCUGGUAUCCAUCCUCUACUACAACUUCCAUGAUCACCUACAAUUUCCGGUUUAUUAUAUCUGGCAACCCAAGAUGAGUUUCGUGGGAGUUAACUCCACAAGAUUUGUGAUCAAGGCUGGCUCAAAUUCCUGUGUCCAAGAUUUUUAUGUUAAUGGGUGGAAUUCUUAUUGGUUGAUGCAAAAUAGUUUGAGUGGUCGAUCGAAAUGGCGAGUUUCUGAGAUGAUGAGGAGAGGAGCUGGAAUGGGGAUGAGUGUGUGUAGGACUUGGGCUUUUAGUGAUGGUGAUGGUCCUAAUGCUCUGCAAGUCUCGCCUGGCGUUUUUAAUGAAAGGGUCUUUAAGGGGCUAGAUUAUGUGAUAGUAGAAGCAAGGAGACAUAGGAUUCAGUUGAUUCUAAGUCUUGUAAACAAUCUGAAUGCAUUUGGUGGAAAAGCUCAGUAUGUCAGGUGGGCAAAAGAAGCUGGAAUUAAUGUAUCUUCAUCAAAUGAUUCGUUUUUCUCCAACACUGUCAUCAAAAAUUAUUACAAAGCUUAUGUCAAGGCUAUUGUGACACGAAGGAACUCUUUAAGUGGGGUUAAAUAUUCUGAAGAACCGGCUAUUUUUGCUUGGGAACUGAUAAAUGAGCCUCGGUGUGAAUCAAGUUCAUCUGCUCCUGCUCUUGAGAAUUGGAUAACAGAGAUGGCUGCAUAUGUCAAAAGUUUGGACAACAAACAUCUUCUGACUGUCGGACUAGAAGGGUUUUAUGGUCUUAAAACAACCGAGAAAUCCACUGUAAAUCCUGGAAAAUGGGCAGCGUCACUUGGAUCAGACUUCAUACAGAACUCAGCAAUUGAAAACAUAGAUUUUGCUUCAGUUCAUGCCUAUCCCCAUAGCUGGAUCCCACUUUCUGAUUUAAAUGCAAAGGUAGAUUAUCUUUCACAUUGGAUGGAUGCGCAUAUAAGAGAUGGCCAGGAUGUGUUGAAAAAACCAGUUCUGUUUUCAGAAUUUGGCUCUCCUCUAAGAAAGAAAUUAGAUGGACCGUAUGACAGAGAUAUUCUGCUAAAACAAGUUUAUGACAAAAUCUAUGAAUCCGCAAAGAGAAGAGAGGCCGGAGCAGGAGUUUUGAUAUGGCAGUUACUACUUGAAGGAAUGCAGCAAUAUGGAGACGAAUACUCUCUUGUAGCACGUGAGCAUCCCUCGACUUAUAAACUUAUAGUUGAACAAUCACGACGUGUAAAUAAUAUAUCUUCUCAAGUUGAAACAAACAGGAAACUUCACCGGAUGGGUCACUGUUUAGCUUAGAUAUUCAUACAUAAGCAUGUACUAGAAACCGGAAAUUCUUUACACAGGAGUUGUGGAUUGAUGUAAAGUAGAUCGUCAGCUUGUACAAACUCUUCUAUAGAAGGGAUCAACAGUCUGGAGUUUUACAUUCUUCUAUGCUGUUUGUAAAUUAUAACAGACAGAUUCUCUGUUGCAAGAGAAUAUUUCAGUGAUGUUGUAAUCCCCUGGAAACUGUUCCUUUAUGAACAAUAGGAGUAAGACUUUGUUUGUGGAA